AUGGGGAGAAAACAGGAGAUUUUGGGGACAUUGGAGAAAAAUAGGGACAUUGAGGACGCCCCCAGGAGGGGACGCGGGGGGGCGGGGCAGCAGCUCCUCCUCGGCGCCCCCAUCUUCAUCAUCGUCAUCCUCGUCCUCGUCCUCAUCGUCGUCAUCGUCCUCGUCGUCCUCAUCAUCCUCCGAGGACGAGGCCGAAGAGCGCCCGGAGCCCGCCCGGCCCCCCGAGCCCAGACCCGAGCUGGGGCGGGGCCGGCGGCAACGACGACCCCGCCCUCUGCGGGGGCGGAGCCGGGAUCGCCCCCCCCGCCCCGACGCCCCGCCCCGCCCCGGCGCCCCGUCCCGCCCGGCCGCGCCCCCGCCGAGCACCUGGGGGCGUCCUCGCUGCUGGAGCUGGCGCGGGGUGGGGCCGGCCACGCCCACCCGCCACACCCCCAGCGGGGCGGGGCCCAGCCGGCCGCGGGCGGGGACCUGGCGGUGCUGGCCGCCAUCGCCCUCACCCGCGGGGACGGCGACGGCGACAGCGACGGGGACGGCGACAGCGACGCCCCCGAGGGACCCCCGGCACCCCCAAACCGGGACCCCCCCCAGCCCCGCCCCCCGCCGGCCACGCCCGGCCACGCCCCGUGCCUCGAGGAGGUGCUGGAGGCGCCCGAGGAGGUGGUGGCCGAGCUGCCCCCGCCCGGCGCCACCGAGGCCACCACGGGCGGGGCGACGGCGCCGCCGUCAUCGGCGCCAUCGUCGGCGCCGCCGGCGCGGCGCAAACGGCACCGGGCGGCGCCGCCGCCGUCGUCCUCGAGCGAUAGCGAGGAUGAGGAGGGCGACAGCGACAGCAGCGACAGCGACAGCAGCAGCGACAGCAGCGACAGCGACGGCGGCCGGCGCUGGCUGCGCCCCCGCAGCGGCGGUGACAGCAAUGGCGAUGGCGCCGCGUCCCCGGCGGCCGCGGUGGCGUUCGCGCCGCGCAGCGAGUUCGAGCAGAUGACGAUCCUGUACGACAUCUGGAGCGCCGGGCUGGACGCCGAGGACGCGCGGUUCCUGCGGCUCACCUACGAGCGGCUGCUGCAGCAGGACGGGGCCGCGCACUGGCUGAAUGACACCCACUGGGUGCCGCACACUGUGACGCGCUGGAGCAGCCCGCGGUGCCGCAGCAGCCGCAGCGGCCGCCGGCGCCGGCGCUGGCCCGAGAGCCGCGAGCACCGCACGGGCAGCGCGCGCAGCGAGGGCUGGUACCCCAUCAGCCGCCGCGAGAAGGCGCGCUACCUGCGGCCCUGCCCCGCGCCCCGCCCCGACCCCGACGCGCCUGACACGCAGGGUCCCAACCGCGUGCUGUCGGAGCGGCGCUCGGAGCAGCGGCGCCUGCUCAGCGCCAUCGGCUCGGCCGCGCUGCCGGACAGCGACCUGCUCAAGCUCAACCAGCUCAAGUUCCGCAAGAAGCGGCUCCGCUUCGGCCGCAGCCGCAUCCACGAGUGGGGCCUGUUCGCCAUGGAGCCGAUCGCGGCCGACGAGAUGGUGAUCGAGUACGUGGGGCAGAACAUCCGCCAGGUGGUGGCGGACAUGCGUGAGAAGCGCUACGCGCAGGAGGGCAUCGGCAGCAGUUACCUGUUCCGCGUGGACCACGACACCAUCAUCGACGCCACCAAGUGCGGCAACCUGGCGCGCUUCAUCAACCACUGCUGCACGCCCAACUGCUACGCCAAGGUGAUCACCAUCGAGGCGCAGAAGAAGAUCGUCAUCUACUCCAAGCAGCCCAUCGGCGUCAACGAGGAGAUCACCUACGACUACAAGUUCCCCAUCGAGGACACCAAGAUCCCGUGCCUGUGCCGCACCGAGAGCUGCCGCGGCACGCUCAACUAGCCCGGAUACGGCACAAACUGGCCCAAACCGGGGCUGGCUGCUGGC